AUGUCUUACUCUACAGUUUUGAACAUGGAUCCUCAUUUUACCAAUGAAAUUCAUAACUCUGCACGAAAAUAUUAUCGUCUUGCAUGCCUUCGAGUCGCACGUUAUCUUUCGUAUAUAGGAAAGUCACUUGAACCGUAUGCAACUCAAAAUGCAAUCUUAACACUCAUUAGUCCAACAAAAGAUAAAGAAGUAAUCAUUCAUUUAUCAAAAGAACAUCAAUGUUAUUGUCCGAUUUAUAAAUUUACUAGUGUUGAUGGAUUAUAUGUGGCACAUGUUGGUCAAAUUCAAAAAGAAUUAAUUGGUGUAAAGCGAUUUUAUUCUUUUCUUAGACAUACUGUAAAAUUGGAUUCUAGCGAAAAUCAUUUACCAAACAUAGUGGCAUUGAAAGCGGUGGCUCAUAAAGUUGAAUUGAAUUAUGUUGAUCCAUUAAAGGAAUUCCUUAAUGUUGUUUAUGAUAAAGAAAAUGAAGAAUUUACGGAAAUUUUUGUAGAAAUAGGCAAUAUAUCAAUAUUAAAUAUGCCAGUUGAAGACCCACGAGUACGACUACGGCGUGCUGCCUGUGAAGGGAAUCUUCAUCUUGUUAAACGGUUAAUUGCAAAGACCAAUAUGCAAAACCCAGACCCAGUGAAUGGCUGGACCACUUUGAUGUAUGCUACUCGUUACGGUCAUGAUCGCGUUGUGGAAUAUCUUCUUAAUAACGGACACGAAGAGAUUGAGCUCUCUAGAGAUUUUGAUAAUAAUACGAUAUUGAUGGUUGCCUCACAAUAUAAUUUCAUAGAAAUAAUGAAAAUGUAUAUAACGUUUUUUCCGAAUAGUGUUGAUAUGGUCAAUAAACAAGGACAAACAGCAUUAAUUUAUGCAUCAAAAUACGGCAACCUUGAUCCUAUCAAACUCUUACUUGAAAAUGGAGCUGACAUUAAUCAAACUGAUUUUGAAGGGAAUACAGCAUUGCAUUAUGCGGCAGCUUGGGAACGAUUUGAUGCUGUUACCAUAUUAAUUGAACGUGGAUGCCAAUUUGCUGUUAAAAACAAUUCUGGGUGGACAGCACUGGAUUAUUCAUAUUCAAUGAAUUUAAAAUCACAUUUACAAGAUUGUGCACUACUACAUCAUGAAGAGAGUAAAAUUAACAGACGGCGUAAUCUUAAAAUUACAGUAGAUUCGUUGAUAUCGAUUGAUUCGAUGCCAACUGUCAUUCGUUCUGCUACAUUACCACCAGGAAGACCAAGUGGUGAAUCAUUUGAUAGCAUGCCUGGUGAGUCUUAUUCUUCAGAAAAUUUGUCUCCGAAUAUUAUUAAUCCGGUCAAACGCAAAGAAUCUUUACCAUGGUGA